AUGGCCCAGGUAAAUCAACAACGUUUCGGUUGCUACAUCGGCAACAUUGACCGUAGCGUGACGUUGGAGGUCCUCCGUCAAGUGUUCUCUCAGUGUGGUACCAUCAUUGACUGCUCCCUUAACGGGAGGGACGAGGACCCGUAUCGCUACGGCUUCAUCGACUUUGCCUCCGAGGAUGAUCGUGCGCGGGCGAUGAAGUACAACGGCUUUACGCUCGCCGGUAGGAAGAUUAAGGUUGGGGUGAGCAAAGGCAAUGUCGGACGGCCAGAGGGGUACAACAACACCAGUAAUAAUAAUAACAACAGCAGCAGCAACAACAACAACAAUGGUGGUGGCGGUGGCGGCGGCGGUGGCGGCAAUACCAACAACCCUCAGCAGCAAUUGCAGCAGCCACAGGCUCCAGCGAUGGCGCUGGCGGCGAAUUUUCUACCCGCGGUGGUGCAGCAGCAAAGCACGCAACUCCUUAUGAAUCUCAUCCAGCGGGGCGCCGUAGACGUGAACCUGCUCACCCCUGAGCAGCAGCAGGCGCUGAUGGCGAGUCUUAUCCCACCGGCGGCUGCGCAAGCAGCGGGAGUUGCAGCGAUCCAGCAGGCCGCGCCGAUGCCGUACGUGCCGAUGCCGCAGCAGCCG